AUGAGACUAUCGAAGUACUGUUGUGCCGUGGCAUUUGGGGUGCACUGUGCUUCUGCAUUUCUGCUACCCCAAUCGAAGCAACACCCAAAGUUUGGCAGCGCCAAUGUUGUUGUCCUGCAAGAGUCAGGCCGAGUGGAAUGGGAUGCGGAACGCAAUGAACCGCCACAAACCAGCGAAUCGUCGUUUGCCACAGAAAGUGCAGGAGAAGCCACGGAACGCCUCGGUUUGAACUCGGCUCCCACGGUCUGGACGGAAUUUGGUCGUAUUGGACAGGAAAACCAAGUCGUCAACUUGGGACAGGGGUUUCCCGACUGGUUGCCACCCGAAUUUGCCGUAGAAUCCUUGGUAGAGGCGGCUCAAGAUCAGAUGAACUCACCACAUCAAUACACUCGACCGGCAGGGCAUCCCAACCUGGUACAACAGCUUGCCAGGAGAUAUUCCACCCACAUGAGCCGGGAGAUUCAACCCAUGACAGAGGUUGCUGUCACUGUCGGUGCCAGCCAGGCCCUCUACUUGACUCUACAAACAGUGAUCAAGCCAGGCGACGAAGUUGUACUUUUUGAACCUUUCUUUGAUCUUGAAGAGGAGGGUGUAAUUACUGGCGGAGAAUGGGUGUUGGAACCAGACAUGCUGAAGAAAUACGUUUCUCCACGAACCAAAGCCAUUGUGCUCAAUUCACCACACAACCCCACGGGAAAGAUCUUUACUCGAACCGAAAUGGAAUACAUUGCGGAAGGCUUGGAGUUUGCAGGACCUCACUGCAUUGUCAUUUCAGAUGAAGUGUACAAGUACAUUGUUCAUUCUCCACCCAAACAAGUAGCCAAGGAUGAAUCACCUCUGUGUCGAGGACACGUCCAUUUUGCCUCUCUGCCGGGUAUGUGGGAUCGCACCAUUACUGUCUCGUCGGCUGGCAAGACAUUUUCUGCCACGGGAUGGCAAGUGGGAUGGUGCAUUGGUCCACAGCGACUGAUAUCGCGCAUUCAUCAGCUGCUGCCCUAUGUGCAAUUCUGCACUUCUACCGUGUCCCAAGAAGCAUUGGCUCGAGCACUGCCACGGGCAGAUCUCCCCUACAAGGGUCACGAUUCCUACUAUGACUUUUUGAUGGAUCGGUAUACCCGCAAACGAGAUUUGUUGGCCAAUGCGUUGACCACCGCUGGCUUUGCCGUCCCGGACUAUGACCAGACACCCGGUGGUGGCUUUUUCAUCUUGGCUCGCAUUGGCUCGGAUAUUGCCAAUGCCAUUCCCAAGGAACGCAUCAUGGCGGCGAAUCCCGCCGCUCCAGGAGGGAGAGCCCGCAUGGACUGGGCAUUGUGUCAAUGGAUGGCGGAAGAAAAGGGUGUCUUGUGCAUCCCUGCCAGUCCCUUUUUCUCUACCGAAUCCGCAGAAGCCGGUGCUGCCGAUGGUUUUAUCCGAAUAGCCUUUUGCAAGACUGAUGAGACCAUCAACAAUGCUGCCGAAGCCUUUCGUGCCAUGAAAGAUGCCAUUCUUCUGGAACAGCAAGAGCAAGGACACUGUCAGAGCCAGAAUACCACUGUUGCAGCAACAAUGGGACAAUAA